CUUCUCGCACGAUACCGCAGGGGGCAGAACAGUGGGGAUCUCGACCAAUCCAUCAAGCACUUUGAACGCGCCUCGGAUCUUUGCCCCAUAGAUCAUCCCUGCCGCCCUGCAUCACUGUUCAAUCUAGCUAUCGCGAAGUUUUUGAGUUGCCAAGUUAAUAGAACAUCCCUCGACCUCGACAUCCCCAUCUCUCUUUUUCAAGAUGCCCUUGCUUUGCGUCCUACCGGUCAUCCUGACCGACCCACGACCCAGCUCCACCUUGCCAUUUCUCUGUUGUCUCGCUUUGCGAAACGGGGAUUUCAAACAGAUGCUGAUAGAGAUGAUCCCCACGACUUAGAUGAAGUGAUCUCCCUUCAUUACGAUGCACUGCGAUACUACGACACUAUGUAUGAUCGCCGAGGGCAAUUGUUAUCUAGUCUGGCUAGAAUGGUGCUCACCCGCUUCGAACACCGAGGCAAUAGCCAAGACUUGGAUGACGCCAUCAUGAUUCACAGGGACGCGCUGGCUUUAUUUCCAGUCGGUCACCCAGAUCGGUCCAGGUCAUUAAACAAGCUUGCGUUUGUGCUCUCCACCUGCUUCAAGCACCGAGGC